ACAGGAUACGACGGUGGCUACUUAUCAUUUGUAUCUGAUAACUGAGAGCAUUGGUCUCUCACCGUCAAAAGGACUGAGAGAAGCUAACAGCGGCGGCACGAACUGACAGGAAUUGUGACCAGACGCUGAACAAGUAGCUGUUUGGUUUGUGGCAACAAGGCAAAUGGGGAAUAUGAUCCAGCUGAGCCUGAUCCUGAUAGUGCUGUAUUGCGGGAUGUCAUUUGGCCUGAGUUUGGCCAGUGGGCCAGACGCCCUUGAACAAGACGUCGCUGGUAGUCUCGUGGAAGAAAAAGAUCUCUUUUCGGAUGACUCGCUCGGCGCCGCAGUCAAAGAAGAACUUUUCAUCGAAGUACUCUCUCGUCCCCGGUCUUGCGUGGUGAAAGUGAACGGGAAGACCGUCCUGUACCGCGACAAGCUGGAUGCCAAGCCACCCCCGUCAUACUUCAGCACCCACAUGUCGAUGGAAGGCACGUACGCGGUGGUCGUGCAUCCGACCUCGGGAGAGAGGACGGCAGAUGUACACGCGACGGGUCAUGACCCGAACGGCGCCUUCUACGGCAUGGAGGAACUCCUCAACAACGUGCAGAAGGGACGGAUCGUCGCCUUCUGCACAAUGGGCGAAGCAGCUCUCUCCAUGGAUUCCAAGGCGGAGGAUGUGUUUCGAGCCUUGAACUCCAGCUACAUGCCGGACCUGCAGAUGCGCUCCAUGUUCGCCAUGGUCGCUGUCAAAGACGGAGACGUGUUGGCAGAGGGCUACAACGUCAACCUGGACGCGCUGGACUGGACCCACCCCGGCUACACGCUCCGACUGACUGUGUCGGUACCGAAGAAGACCUUUAGAGGUUGGUGCAAACUGAAAGGAAACUCAAUUUUGAAAUAG